UGAUAAUACUGGAAGAAAGGAUGGAGACAACGAAAAAAUUGCUUGGAUUGUGGAUUUUAAUUCUACAGAAUGUCUUACAUUCUCAUGUAGAAUCAGCCAAUCCCUGUGCCAAGACAAGUGCUGGGACAGUGUUGGAUGACCCCCUCUACCCCCAGUGUGGCUUCCUGCUGUGUGUCUACCACUUUCCCUAUGUGUAUAGGUGUGCCCCUGGGACAUACUGGAACAGUCAGUCCAAGCAAUGUCUCCUAGACACACACCAGCUCUGCUAUAAUAUGGACACUGAGGUUUCCUCCAAGUUCAUGGACAGAGUCCCCACAUCUGUCUAUAAAGAACCACCUGCCUCAAGUAAAAAGACACACAUAGUGGAUUACAGCCCAGGGGACAGGAUCAGUCUCACCCAUCUAGAAGAUGGCAACACCCUGAAAGAGGAUGGUGCGAGUAAAUGGGGCAGCGUUGACUCUAAUGGGAAUAAAGCCACUCAAGGUGAAGAACCUUCAGAUGUUGUGUAUUUGGGACAUAAUGGGAUAUUUGUCAACAGGAAUGAUCCAAUUUUAAAGCAGCCUGAAUCUGUUAAAGAACACAAUGAUAAUCAAAAUCAAAAGAUAUAUAGGAAAGAAGAUGACUUAUACUGGGCAGGAGGGGCAACUGGGAAUGAUGUAAAAGACCAAAAGAAAUACAAAGACCCACCACAGAACAAAUUUGGCGUAAAGGAUGUAAUCAAACGACUCUACAAAACAGUCACGACUCCUAGCAAGAAAGAGGAUGAGACAUACCUUAAGGGAAAUGAUGUUAAGGAAAAUAAUGGAAUUGAUAGCCAGGCAUCAGAACAAGUGUCUGAAUACAGAGCUGUGGAUGGGGAUAUCGUGUGGCAUAUAGUUCCUACUCAAAAUACUUUCUUUGGAAAACGUGACCCAACCUUUAAAUAUGAAGCUCCAACCCUGAGGGUCCAAGAAAAAGCUACUGUGAAAAACAAAAAUGGGAGAAUAAGCAAACAUAGACCUGAGGAGGAUCCUCAAUGGGACGAUGCAAGAAAGGAAAACAUUCUUGAAGACCCAAACAACAACCAAAUGUGGCAAUCUCAAGGCAACCAGGUAUGGCAAACUCCAAGCAACCAAGUGUGGCAGUCAGGUCAAGGUUCACAAACAAUGAUGAAUCAACCUACUCAGACAAAUCAGGUGUGGCAACAACAGCCAAGUAACCAGGUGUUGCAACAGCAGCCAAGCAAUCAAGUAUGGCAACAACAGCCAAGCAAUCAAGUGUGGCAACAACAGCCAAGCAACCAAGUGUGGCAGCAACAACCAAGCAAUCAAGUAUGGCAACAACAGCCAAGCAACCAAGUGUGGCAACAACAGCCAAGCAUUGAGGUGUGGCAACAACAGCCAAGCAACCAGGCAUGGCAACAAACAAGCAACCAGGCAUGGCAACAAACAAGCAACCAGGCAUGGCAACAGCAAAACCCCCAGACACAGGCAUCUACACAACAAAUUCAGACACAAGUGAUCCAGUGCAGCCAACCUAAUGAUAUUGGAAAGUUAUUUCCGGAUGCCACCAAUAGGUGUCGCUUCCUGAACUGUGAGUGGCCCCAUUUGCAGAAGAUAACAAUCAUGGAAUGUGCCCCAGGGACAGCAUAUGAUGACACCACUAUGAGCUGUGAUAUUCACGACCCUGGCUGCUGAAAUCUUGACAAUGGACAUUAUCAAAUCUCCUUUUGAUAUCUUUACAAUCCUCGGAAUUCUUUAACAAACAACAUAAAAUAGACACAC